AUGGCCGACAAAGAUCCGCACCCUUUUGACGAUGCGGUAGAGGAGCGAAUUAUAAAUGAAGAGUACAAAAUAUGGAAGAAGAACACUCCCUUCCUGUAUGACCUCGUCAUGACCCACGCCCUUGAGUGGCCUAGCCUGACGGCCCAGUGGCUUCCUGAUGUUGCCAGACCAGAAGGUAAGGAUUAUUCACUUCAUAGGUUGAUCCUUGGCACCCAUACAUCAGAUGAGCAAAACCAUCUCUUGAUAGCCAGUGUGCAGAUUCCCAAUGACAACGCUCAAUUUGACGUCAGCCAUCAUGAAACCGAGAAAGGAGAGUUUGGAGGUUUUGGAUCAGUGACCGGCAAGAUAGAGAUCGACAUCAAAAUAAACCAUGAGGGUGAAGUAAACAGGGCUCGCUACAUGCCCCAGAACCCCUGCAUCAUUGCCACAAAGACCCCAUCCAGCGACGUGCUCGUCUUUGAUUACACUAAACAUCCGUCUAAACCUGAUCCAAGCGGUGAAUGCCAUCCAGAUUUAAGGCUGAAAGGACACCAGAAGGAAGGUUAUGGCUUGUCAUGGAAUCCUAAUACGAAUGGAUACCUCCUCAGUGCUUCAGAUGAUCAUACAAUUUGCUUAUGGGAUAUAAACUCCACCCCUCGAGAAGGUAGGGUUGUCAAUGCCUUGAGCAUCUUCAUGGGUCAUACAUCAGUUGUGGAGGAUGUGUCCUGGCACUUACUGCACGAGUCUAUAUUUGGAUCUGUAUCUGACGACCAGAAGCUGAUGAUUUGGGAUACACGUAGCAACAACACAAACAAGCCGAGCCACAUUGUGGACGCCCACACUGCUGAAAUCAACUGCCUCUCAUUCAAUCCCUACUCUGAAUUCAUCCUGGCCACUGGAUCUGCUGAUAAGACCGUUGCAUUGUGGGACUUGAGGAAUUUGAAAUUGAAGCUUCACUCGUUCGAAUCGCACAAGGAUGAAAUCUUCCAGGUACAAUGGUCUCCACACAAUGAAACAAUUCUGGCGUCCAGUGGCACCGACAGGAGACUUCACGUUUGGGAUCUCAGCAAGAUAGGAGAGGACCAAUCGGCUGAAGAUGCAGAAGACGGUCCACCAGAAUUAUUGUUCAUUCAUGGUGGCCACACGGCAAAGAUAUCAGAUUUCUCGUGGAACCACAAUGAACCCUGGGUCAUUUGUUCCGUGUCUGAAGAUAACAUCAUGCAAGUCUGGCAGAUGGCCGAAAACAUCUACAAUGAUGAGGACAAUGACGCUGCUGCCGCUGACACAGAAGCUGUCUGA